CCUCUACGAAAAGUAUCUGCUCAACUGACAGACUUUCAAAUUGGAGUCAUCAGUCAUCUAUAAGUCUCAUUUCUGAAGAAAAUGUUAAUGUUAUGGUUUCUCGUUCAAAAAAUUCUGGUGUUGGGCUUAUAUGUGUUGUAUGUGGGGACAUAAGUUCGGGUAAACAUUACGGGAUUCUAGCGUGCAAUGGAUGUUCCGGGUUUUUUAAGCGCAGUGUUCGCCGAAAACUUAUUUACAGAUGUCAAGCGGGUACAGGAAGAUGCAUUGUUGAUAAGGCACACCGGAACCAAUGCCAGGCUUGCCGCUUAAAAAAGUGUCUACAAAUGGGAAUGAACAAAGACGCUGUACAAAACGAACGCCAGCCGCGUAAUACGGCGACAAUAAGGCCUGAAACUCUGCGGGAUAUGGAGCAUGGGCGAGCGUUACGAGAAGCAGCGGUGGCUGUUGGUGUGUUUGGACCUCCCAUACUUCUAUCACCAACAUGCUACGCUCCUGGCUUACUUCCAACAUCAAAUCUGACAAACUUACCUUCAAUACGUUUGUUACAGCAAAGCCAUUUAGCCUCUUCCAUGCAACUUUCUUCAACGUUCAAGCAUUCCGAUAUAAGUAAGCCAAAUAACGCUCUAAUGCUUACAAGUGAUAGUACAAAUAAGUCAAAUUUAGAACUCUCAAGCAGCACAGUAUCUACUUCCACUAAUUCUAGCUCUAACAAUUCAAUCGAUCCAAUUUCCUUGAUCCAAGCUGAUUCAAAUGAAAAUCAAAUCUCUGGAAGCAUAUCAUCAAUCAGCUCAUCGAGUUUUUUUCAAGGGAAUGAUAAUGAUGAUGAUUCCAUCGAUGUAACAAACGAUGAAGAAGCUUUUACAAUAACCGAAAAAGGGAUAACUCAAUUUUGUAAGCCGCAAUUCAUGUCGUCCAACGUAUGUGUUCAUCCACAAGAAACUGUAUACGAAACUAGUGCCCGACUUUUAUUUAUGGCUGUUAAAUGGGCGAAAAAUUUGCCUAGUUUUUCCAGUUUAUCAUUUCGUGACCAGGUUAUUUUGCUGGAAGAAUCUUGGUCAGAACUUUUUAUGCUGAACGCAAUACAGUGGUGCAUUCCCUUGGAACCAAAACUGUGUACAUUAUUUUCAGUCAGUGAGCAUUGCAGUAAUGGUGAUAAUAUAAAUGAAUGUGGAAUGACUAAAGAAGAGACUGCAACAAAUAUUCGAUCGUUAUAUAAUAUAUUUUGUAAAUAUAAAGCUGUACUCGUGGAUCCUGCAGAGUUCGCCUGCCUAAAAGCUAUUGUUCUUUUUCGUCCAGAAACAAGAGGUUUGAAGGACCCUAACCAAAUAGAAAAUUUACAGGAUCAAGCCCAUGUUAUGCUGUCCCAACACACAAAAGCAAACUUUUCUGCGCAAAUAGCGCGGUUCGGUCGAUUGUUACUUAUGCUUCCUCUGUUAAGAAUGUUAAGUUCUCAGAAAAUUGAACGUUUAUUUUUUCAGCGAACUAUUGGAAACACACCUAUGGAGAAAGUUUUAUGCGAUAUGUAUAAAAAUUGA